AUGGCCGCCGACCGCCGCUUCAAGAUCUUCGCAGCCGCCGAUGGCUUCGGCCAGCCGCUCAAGGACGCCGUCGUCGCGCACCUCCGCGCGCACCCCGCCGUCGCCGAGGUCGUUGACCUCGGCGUCGACAAGUACUACGCCGCCGCCGCCGCCGUCGCCCGACACGUCUCCUCUCCCGACUCGGCGCCCGACGCCCCCGAGGUCCGCGGCGUCGUCGUCUGCGGCACCGGCGCCGGCGUCUGCAUCUUCGCCAACAAGUACCCGCGCGUCUACGCCACCCACUGCGCCUCCCCCGCCGACGCCGUCAACACCCGCUCCAUCAACGCCUGCAACGUCCUCGCGCUCUCCGGCAGCGCCACGCCGCCCGACGCCGCCGCCGCCAUAGCCGACGCCUGGCUCGCCACGCCCUUCCGCGCCCCCUGCCCUGCCUCCGGCGACGCGCCCUGGCCGGAGGACAUCCAGCGGUUCUUCGACACCGCGCCGGACGAGAUGGCCGCCAUCCCGGAGGCGGCGGAGGGCGCCCCGGACUCGGCCUGCGCCAUCUGCUGCCUCAGGAGCGGGAUGGAGUUCGAGCCGGUGGGGAUUAUGCCCGGCGGCGAGAUGCGGAUCGUGCGGGAGAGCCCCACCUCGGCGUACGUCCGGUUCAAGGCUGGCAGUGUGGAGCCAGCGCACCACCACACCUUUGGCCACGACCUGGUGGUCAUCAAGGGCAAGAAGAAGGUCUGGAACCUCACCAAGAAGGAGAGCUACGACCUGGUGGACGGAGAUUUCCUCUUCACACCUGCCGGGGAUGUGCACAGGGUCAAGUACUUCGAGGACACAGAGUUCUUCAUCCGUUGGGAUGGCCACUGGGAUAUCUUUCUCGACGAGGAUCUUGACACUGCACACAGUGCCAUUGAUGCCGAGCUUGCAGCUGCCAGCAAGUGA